AUGACUUCUGCAGCUUCUGCGAUCGAAAAAUUAAAAGGAACAUGGGACUAUGUUAAUGGUGAGAAUUUCGAUGAAUACUUAAAGGAAAUGGGUAUUUCAUGGGUAAUACGUCAAGCUGCAAAAGCUGUAAAGGCCGAAAAAAUGAUUAUUAUUUUCAAUGAUAAUAAUCGAUGGACAUUGAAAUCGGAAUCAACAUUUAAAAAUACAGUUUAUGAGUUCACGCCGGGUGUUGAAUUUGAUGAAACACGUGCCGAUGGGGCAGUAGUUAAAUCAAUAAUCACAUUCGACAAUAACACUGGUCGCUGGAUUCAUGAGGCAAUUGAUAAACAAGGAAAGCAAGUACAUAUUGAACGUUAUGUUGAUGAUAAAGAUCAACAACAAGUUGAAUUAACAUGUGGAAAUGUCAAAGCUCGACGUUGGUAUAAACGAGUAGAAUGA